CCGUGCAAGUGUAUGACACGUGUGUUAGAGGAGCGUGGAUAACGCGCUAGAUCCCUGGGACACCGUCGCCAGCAGCUCAAUGUUGAAGAAGCGCUCCUGCCCUUCCCUGCAGUUCCUCCCCACCGCCGCAGCCGUCAUGUCCCUCCGUCCUUCCCCAUCUUACAGAGGCGGCCGGAAUCAAUGGCGAGGCAGAGGAUUCUCCAAUCGUCCGCACGCAACCGACAAGAUUAUCAGCGGUAAUAACGAUGAUAAUGGUGAAUUCCGGCCAGAUUAUAAUCCUCCGCCGCCGCGUUCCCAUUUUCGACCUAAUUCCGAUCCACGUUUUAAUCAGGGCCAAUAUGUUCAGCCACGGGGACAGCCACCUCCACCGUAUUCAAAUCCAUACCAACAGUUCGCGCCACCACCUCUUUACUAUCAGAAUCAACAGUUUCAACAGCAAGGACAACCUCGCCCGCAUUUUAAUCCAAAUCAACAGUUCAGGCCACCUCCAUUUUACAAUCAAGGCCAACAGCAGUCGAAUUUUGAUCAGAACCAACAGUUUCGGCCGCAAGGACAGCCACCACAGCCUUAUGGACAGUUUCGCCCGCAACAGCGGUUCCGGCAGCGUCCGUCGAAGCCAUUGGACUAUCGUAAUUGGGAGCAAGCAAAACCAGGGCCUCCUCCUGGAUGCGAGCGAUUUACAAUCCUUUCUUACAAUAUUCUUGCUGAUUACCUUGCUAUUAAUCAUCGAAACAAACUUUACUUUCACAUUCCUCGCCAUAUUUUGGAUUGGGAGUUUCGGAAAAGAAAUAUCAUGUUUGAGCUGGGAUUGUGGUCGGCUGAUAUAUUAUGCUUUCAGGAGGUUGAUAGAUUUGAGGAUUUUGAGGAAGACUUAAAGAUGCGGGGCUACAGUGGUAUUUGGAAGAUGAGAACUGGUGAGGCAGUUGAUGGUUGUGCAAUAUUUUGGCGUUCAUCAAGAUUCAAGCUUUUACAUGAGGAAGCCAUUGAGUACAAUAAGCUUGGACUGAGGGAUAAUGUGGCUCAGAUAUGUGUUCUAGAGUCACUAAAUGGCAAAAGUUCCACCGAAUCACCUACACCAAUAUGCUCUAAUAAAGUAGUCAUAUGUAAUAUUCAUGUGCUUUUCAAUCCUAAAAGGGGAGAGAUUAAGCUUGGACAGGUUAGGGUUCUUCUAGAAAGAGCUUAUGCUACAUCAAAACUUUGGGAUAAUGCUCCUGUUGUUCUUUGUGGAGAUUUUAACUCUACCCCUAAGAGUUCAUUGUACAACUUCAUAUCAGAUCAAAAGUUAAAUGUAUCUGAACUUCCUAGAAACAAGAUAUCAGGUCAAGAUUCUGGUGAAAUUCGACCCAAAAGACAGUUUACUAAUACUUUCAGAACUCAGCCAACUGAUAAUGCAACUCAAUCUCCUGAUAACAAGGAAGUCCAGCAGGAAGACGAAAAAACCACUAGUUUGCUUCCUGAUAAAACACAUGAACAUGAAAAAGUUGAGGGCAAUGCUGGAAACACUACUGUGACAUUAUCAACAGAAGAAAUAUUUGAAGGCAUGGAAGAUGUAUCUGUAAGUGUGAGUGAGGAUUCCACUUCAUUUUUGUCUGAGUUACACGGGGCUGAUGGAUCUGAGUUUGUGGGAGUGAACAUGAGCUCUGAGGGUGGUGAGCUGGAUUCAGGAGGAACUCCUGAGAAGUCUGGUUAUGGUUAUGACCCAUCAGGGUGGACCCCAAUGGAAAUAGAGGCUGCAACAGGAAGUUCAGAAUGCACAACUAUGGAACAUCCUUUGAGAUUAAGAAGCACUUAUUCAGAAGUUGAGGAUUAUUCAGGAACAAGAGACUCGAAUGGGGAGCCCCAGGUGACUAGCUACCAUAGGACUUUCCAAGGGACAGUUGAUUACAUUUGGCGAUCUGAUGGUCUCCAGACUGUGAGGAUCCUUGCUCCUAUACCAAAACAUGCAAUGCAGUGGACUCCUGGAUUUCCUACAAAGAGAUGGGGAAGUGAUCAUGUUGCAUUGGUUGCUGAGUUGGCUUUCAGUAAAGACGUGAAUGAUGAAACAUCACAAGAUGUUUAGUUUGCAAGAAUGAGGCUAUACGUGAAGAUCCUACAAUGACUUAGAUAACAAAGAGGAUUUGUGUUUUGCUAAAGCCUAAAAUACAAGUAUCUUUGGAAUGUAAUUCUCACCUAAAAUAUGUUUACGUGGGCUGAUUUGACAAAGGUUAGGUUAUGUGUAUAUUUAUACAUUUCUGUUGCGACUUUUUAAGCAAUAGGAAUGAUUAAUUGCAAAUGACAUAUUAGCUCUUUUGCUUUGGUUAUCAAAUCCAUAACAGUGAUGCUAUGCUAAC